AAAAGAGAUUUCGCAAUCCUCUCCUCUCCAUGUUCCAAACAAAAACACUCAGCUCACACAGACGGAAUUAAACUCACUUUCUACGUUAACUUUUUAUACUUUGACGGAUGGUCGACUCCACCACCGCCCCGUGAAGGUUUCUUGUCUAUGCACCAAUACACUAGAGCAAAUUCCUUGUAUGUGAAAACCUACUUGGCGUUGAACCAGAUUCUGAUCUGAGGUGGUGGGUGUUGGUGAGCAGCAGCGCGGGAGAUGAAACCUCCUGAUUGAUGGAUUGAGGCUCCAUCGAGACGAAGAAUCCACGGUUUCAUCUGUACACCUGAGGAGACUCGGACAUCAGCACCUGAAGGCAACACAUCUAAGUGAGCCAGCUGUCACAGGCGAAACUAACCACAACCGACCCCAACGGCGUGAGCGUCAUCCAGAGUCAGGCCCACGCUGCCGCUCCCUCCUCGGUUGUAGCCGCCGGACUGCAGCAGGUCCGCCACUUCGUCCCCGCAGACCCUUCAGCCGGAGGCGGUAAGGCCUGCCCCCCCAGCAAGAUGAAGAAACCCUCAGGUGAAAAGGACAGCGACGAGUACCGCCAGCGUCGCGAGCGCAACAACCUGGCGGUGAAGAAGAGCCGCAUGCGCAGCAAGCAGAAGGCGGUGGACACGCAGCAGCGCGUCAACGAGCUGAAGGAGGAGAACGAGCGGCUGGAGGCCAAAAUCAAACUACUGAGCAAAGAACUUAGCGUGCUCAAAGACCUCUUCCUGGAGCACGCUCACAACCUGGCCGACAACGUGCAGCCGCCCGCCGGCACAGAGGGCUCCAGCCCCGCCCCCAACAACACCUCCACCAAUGGGCAGUGAGGGGGCGGAGCCACAUGGACGUUUGAUUACGGGAGCCCGCCGCAGCUUUUCUGGAAACUUCUGUCACUUUGGAAACGUGGCCUCGCAUCUUCUUCUUCGUGCUUUUCUUGGGUUUAUUUUCUCAUAAUUAAUCGCGUCUCUCCUGCGCCCCCCCCCCCCCCCCCCCCAAACAGGAGCAGCUUUGGUAAAAUCAUAGAAUUCUAUUAAUGUACUUCAUUGAAACAUUAACAUUUGACAGAAAUGAGGCUUUUAAAGUGAACAUCGUCAGUUUGUAUCAAUCGGUGGGAAAAAACUUUUUUUAAAUUCAGUCUCGUCCAGAUUGUGUCACGGAGACGUUCCUGGACUUUGACAGCCGGGAGGAUUUAACGUGACGUUGAUCGGAGGAACGUGAGGAGACCGAGCGGAGGAACCGGACCUGCAGACAUUAGUUGGAUCCUUAAAUCCAGUUGGAGUCCGGCCGGCUGGAUGUUCGGUCGCCGGGUGUAAAGUCUUGAAUUCCCUUUUUUAGGAUGUGUAUUUUCUUCUGUUGUUCUACAAAGAGUAGUUGACAACCUGAUGAGAGUUUUAAAGUUGUAUGUUCACUACAUGUCGAUGUUUCAAGGACAGUUCUGCUCUUUUCAGUUUCAGCCUUGACAUUAUUUUAAGUCUGUAUUUAUAAUAAAAACACCUUUUUCAUGUCUCGCUCUGCAGAGUGUGAAGCUCUCAGGAAGAGCCGCUGUACUGUGAGGAAACAGCAGGUUGUCCUUCAGCAGGUGGUCUUGUUCACAGGAUGAGGUUAAUGUCAGCCCCCCCCCCAGGAAGUACAAGCGCUUUGUUUAAUCUGUGAUGAGAGAAACAUGAGAGAGAGAAGACAACGUUUAAAAAGUCGACAAUCAGGUUCUCUAAAAAGUUCAGACGCAACAAAAUCAUUUGUUUCAAUUCGCAGAAAAAUUAUUCAUUAAUAACUUCGUCAACAUUUUAUUCUAACCUUUAAGCAGAGCUGCAACCGAUAAUCAAAGUGUGUGUGUGUGUGUGUGUGUGUGUGUGUGUGUGUGUGUGUGUGUGUGUGUGUGUGUGUGUGUGUGUGUGUGUGUGUGUGUGUGUGUGUGUGUGUGUGAGAGAGAGAGACUUCAGGCCGCAGCUUGAAUUAAAUCCAGUUGGAAAGCGGGUCUGGACAGGCUCUACACCGCACGGUGAGGAGGGGGGGGCUUCACCUCCCUGCAGGAAUGUUGUUGUGCUCCUGAGCCGCCCCGCACAACGUCCCCACGUGAUCGCAGUCGUCAGCUCUAAACAUUGACAUUUGGAGUUGUCUUGAACCUUCAUCCCGGGUUAUGUUCUCAGUGAGACGUGCUGCUGUUCUGUGUGAGUCGUAUUACAUGAAUAUCUUUGGACUUAAAGAAACUAAAGACAUUUUUCACUUUUUCAGAAUUCUUAUUGACCAAACGAUUGAGAAACGUGACGGUUGGUAGUUUUGAAUUAUUUACAUUUUGUUUUGGACAAAUUGGAUUCAUUAAGUUAUUGACUAAAGUCUAAUGUAGAUUCAUCCGGCGAAUAUUAAUGUUAAGAGUGCAGAAGAAUAAAUCUCAGAUAAAUGUUCAAUCAGCUGAUGUGGGACGCUCCCUCGCUGGAUGAGCCCCGCCUUCAUCUUUUUCACUUUUCUAUGGUCGGUUUGUACACUUGUUCCAGGAGCAGCAUGUUUGCAGAGACGUGUUUGCAUGAGGUGUGUCUGCUGUUUGUUCUGAAUGUUGCUGGGCAGCAUUUCUCUGUCGUCGCUCAGCUUUUAUAUCUGAGGAAUCUGGGCUAACGUGCAUUGUAAAUUAAAAUUGAGUAUAAAAGUUGAA